UAUUUCGUCAGUAUCAACAUCAUCAAGUGCUUCAACAUCGUCGUCAGCGUCAACAUCAUCAAGCGCUUCCACAUCUUCGUCAGCAUCGACAUCAUCAAGUGCUUCAACAUCAUCUUCAGUGUCGACUUCAUCAAGUGUCUCAACAUCGUCGUCAAUUUCGACUUCAUCAAGCAUUUCAACAUCGUCGUCGGCAUCAACUUCAUCAAGCGCUUCAACAUCAUCAUCAGUGUCGACAUCGUCCUCUGUUUCCACACCAACUACAACGAGUGUGUCUACUUCAAGUUCAUCAAGUGUGUCAACCUCCUCGAGUGUGUCGACAUCGAGCUCUGCGUCAACUUCGUCAAGUGUGUCAACAUCGUCAAGCGCAUCAACCUCAAGUUCUGUGUCGACAUCAUCAUCGGCGUCGACGUCAUCUAGUGUUUCAACACCAACAACAACGACUAUUUCUACAUCAAGUUCUGUAUCCACAUCAUCGUCAAUCUCGACGUCGUCUAGUGUGUCAACCUCAUCAAGUAUAUCUGCAUCAAGUUCGGCAUCAACGUCAUCAAGUGCUUCAACCUCGUCUUCACGUUCAACAUCAUCGAGUGCUUCAACGUAUUCGUCAGCAUCGACGUCAUCAAGUGUUUCAACGUCGUCGUCAGUGUCGACAUCGUCGAGUGCUUCAACGACGUCGUCAGCAUCGACGUCGUCAAGUGCUUCAACGUCGUCGUCAGUGUCCACGUCAUCAAGUAUUUCAACAUCUUCGUCAAUUUCCACCUCAUCGAGCAUUUCUACAUCUUCGUCGGCAUCAACAUCAUCAAGCACUUCAACAUCAUCAUCAGCGUCUACAUCGUCAUCUGUUUCGACACCAACUACCACGAGUGUGUCUACUUCAAGUUCGUCAAGUGUGUCUACUUCAUCAAGUGUUUCGACAUCAAGUUCAGCAUCGACAUCAUCAAGCGUUUCAACUUCAUCAAGCGCGUCAACUUCAAGUUCAGUGUCAACAUCUUCCUCGGCGUCGACGUCAUCGAGUGUUUCAACACCAACAACGACGAGUGCCUCUACAUCAAGUUCGGUAUCAACAUCAUCCAGUGCUUCAACCUCGUCGUCACGGUCAACAUCAUCAAGUGCUUCAACUUCAUCAUCGGUAUCGACAUUCUCCAGCGUUUCUACGUCGUCAUCAGUGGCGACAUCGUCAACUGCUUCAACCUCGUCGUCAGCGUCGACGUCAUCAAGUGCUUCAACUUCGUCCUCAGGGUCAACAUCAUCAAGUGCUUCAACUUCGUCCACAGCGUCAACAUCAUCGAGUGCCCCAACAUCGUCAUCAGCGUCGACAUCAUCAAGUGCUUCAACUUCUUCGUCAGUGUCCACAUCAUCAAGUAUUUCAACAUCUUCGUCAAUUUCGACCUCAUCGAGCAUUUCAACAUCGUCGUCGGCAUCAACAUCAUCUAGCGCUUCAACAUCAUCAUCAGCGUCUACAUCGUCCUCUGUUUCGACACCAACUACCACAAGUUUGUCUACUUCAAGUUCGUCAAGUGUGUCAACUUCAUCCAGUGUUUCGACAUCAAGUUCCGCGUCGACAUCAUCAAGUGUCUCAACUUCUUCAAGCGCUUCAACUUCAAGUUCCGUGUCGACAUCAUCAUCAGCGUCGACAUCUUCGAGUGUUUCAACACCAACAACGACAAGUAUCUCUACAUCAAGUUCUGCUUCGACGUCUUCGAGUGUAUCAACUUCGUCGUCAGUUUCGACCUCCAGCUCUGCCUCAACAUCAAGCUCUGCCUCGACAUCGAGCUCCGCCUCGACAUCGAGCUCUGCCUCAACAUCAAGCUCAGCAUCAACAUCAAGCUCUGCCUCGACAUCGAGCUCUGUCUCGACAUCAAGCUCAGCAUCGACAUCUAGCUCUGCCUCGACAUCAAGUUCAGCAUCGACAUCUAGUUCUGCCUCGACAUCAAGUUCUGUGUCGACUUCAUCAUCAAUCUCCACCUCAUCGAGUUUGUCGACCUCGUCAAGUAAAACGCCAACCUCAAGUUCUCGCAGUACAUCAUCAAGCUCAAGUCUUACCUCCUCAAUUUCUUCUUCAAUCUCACCGACUACAUCCUCAUCAGUUUCGACAUCUGUCUCAAGUAGUUCAAUCUGUCCAAUUUGUGUAUACAAAAACAGAUUAAAUGAAACUGAAAAGCAUUACGAGGGAGAAUCCUGGAAGGAUGGACCUUGUAAGACUGUUAAAUGUAAAGUAGUUGCUAAUGACUGCUUUGAAAACAACCAAGUUGCCCUAAUAGAAGUCUACAUACAGGAAUGUUCUGAAUGUCCUAAGGGAUACCAACGACCAUCAUCAGAAGAUCAGUGCUGUCCAAAAUGCGUAAAAACGGAAGAAGAUGAGGAGACCUGCAAACUAUACCAUAACCCGAUCCCGAGACACGUUACAACCAUCGACGGCUGCGUCUCGAAGGAAAAAAUAAAUGUCACUGAAUGCCGUGGUAAUUGUUACUCAAAGACUGAAGCAUCAACCGUACCACCAGGUUACAAAAAAUGCCACUGCUGCAAGCCAAAAUCUGAAUACCUAACAAAAAUCAAUGUCACCUGCACGAGAGGAGGUGAGGUUGAGGAGAAAGAAGCCGAGUUACUUGUCAUCACGGAAUGCGAAUGCGGGCCACAUAGAUGCGAGGCAACAGCUUCACACCGCGGUGAAGAAAUUCGGAACGAAGACAAUGAGCUCGUGGAUAUGAAGAAAAAGCGCCGUCGCCGCGCCUUGUCGCGUCUCUUUGCCCUUCCUCCGUAGAGAAGAAUAACAAGGGAUAUAUAUUUACCGAUAUUGUAGAAACAAGAGAUGAAUUUUGGGUUGAAAAGGAAUAAAAAGAGAACAAAAAUGUCAGUGGAGUUCAAGGGAACGAUGGGAUAUUUAUAUGAGUGAGAUUAAUUCUAUACAGAGACUGCCUUUCUCGAAAUAAACUUGAUUAAAUGGGA